AUGGGCGCCACCGGCGGCUUCCCGCCGGGCGGCUUCCCGCCGGGCAGCUACCUGUCCAAUCCGCAGCUGCCGCCCCAGGCGCAGGUGCUGCAGCAGCAGCUCGAUAUGACCGGCAUUAACAGCGGCCAGGAUCUGUACUCCGGCACCGACGGCAUCGCGUACCCAUCCGCGACGAUGCCGUCCGGCAUCGGGCCGACGGGGUACUACCCAGGCAUGGGCGGCCCCACGACGCUCGGCCUGUCGAACCCUGAUCUGCAGUACGCCGGCCAGGUGUCCGGCCCCACGUACGGCAGCAAUGCCUACGGCACCGGCGCAUACCCGCUGGCGACGACCCCCGCGGCGUCAUCCCCCGCGACGUUCGGCCAGAUUAUCCGCGGCCUGUUCGGUCACCGGCGGCUGAGCCAGUACAUGGACUCGUCCCAGCGCUCCUUCAACCUCGCGCCGGGCAUCACAGACCGCGCGGUCAUGCUGCCGACCGCCAACAUCGCCGGCCGGGGGCUGGGGACGCUGCUCAUGGGCAUGGGCGCCGCGACGCAGGGCGCGAUUGCCUCGUACGGCGCCGCGCUGACGACCGGCCUGCCCAACACCCCCGGCGGCCUCGGCGCCGCGCAGCUGGGCGGCGCGGCCGGCGCGGGGUCGGGGUUCAACAACGCAGUGGGCCAGCUGUUUGGCGGCAUGGGAGUGACGACGACAGGCGUGGGCUCCAGCCUCCUGAACUCGGGCGGCAUCAACCGCGGCGCUGCCGUACCCCCGGGUUCUGUCCUCGUCAACCCAAGCAACGGACUUGUCUCGCCGAUCAACAGCCGGUUUGGGGCCGGAUUCAAUCGCCUCGAGAGCGGCCCAGGCCGCGGCGGGGUCGACGAGUUUGGGGGCGUGGGUGGCUUCAAGGGCGGCCCAGGCGGCGGCUUCGGGGGCGGGCCGGGCGGCGGCUUCGGCGUCGGCCCGGGCGGCGGCUUCCCCGGGAUCGGCGGCAUCGGCGGCGGGAUGGGGCCGGGUGGGUUCGACCCGUCCGGCGGCGGCGGCGGCGACUUCAGCGGGUUCCAAAACGGCGUCAACGGCGGCGCCCGGCGCCCGACCGAGCCGGGCACCGGCCAGUUCGUCCAGGGCACUGGCGAGGCCGGCCUCAACAACGGGUUCUACUGGACCGGCGGCUACUGGGGCUACUGCCCGCCCCCGCCGACCAUCCAGCCGUCGCCACCGGCGCCGAGCAACGUCAACACGACGGCGCGGAUCAAGGACCCCAAAUUCAACGCGAUCAUCCCGACCGGGCCGAUCGGCACUGCGAAUGUUGUGUUCGACGGGUCGCCCAGCACGGCGGGGCCCGGGAAGCGCAUUGUCAGCUGGUCCUGGGUCAUCAGGCUGGAGCCAGACAAGACCGUCGCCGCGACGGGCCUGGGGCCGGUGGUCCAAGACAACCUCGGAUUUACAGACACCGCAGAGCAGACAUUCACCAUCACGUCCCCCAACACAGCCCUGCAAGCCAAGAUCGCCUCCCCCCAGGGCUUCAUCGUGCAGAACCAAAACGGCAACACGACCAUCACCUUGGACGGCCGCGACUCUGUCGGGCUGCCGGGCCGCCCGGUCCAGCAGUACAGCUGGGAGAUCCGCACCAACCCCGCGUCUUCCGCCCCGGACUUCCUGCUCACCGCGUUUGGCGCAGUCGCGCAGCUGUCGCUGCCCGUCGGCGGCUACAACGUCACCCUCAAGGUCUCGGACGGCACCGGGCUGUCGUCGACCGCCAGCAACACGAUCAUCAUCGGCGCCGGCCGCUCCGACGGCCUGAUCGCGGUCAUCCAGCUGCCCAACUCGUACGUCCCGGCCGGCCCGGCGGGCGGCAUGGCCAGCGUCCCGCUCGACGCGUUUGGCACCCAGGCGUCGCCGGGCAACAGGCUGACGCAGUGGGUGUGGGCCGUAAUCUCCCUGCCCGACAAGACGCCGGUGACGAACACGACGGGCUCGACGGCAGUGGUGUCGCUGCCGGGCGGCGACUACCAAGUCGGCCUCCUCGCCAUCGACUCGGCCGGCGACAACGCCAUCGCCAAGAAGAACUUCACGGUCGGGGGCAGCUCCAACGGCGGCCCGUUCAUCCCGCCGGGCCUCGUGGUGCGCGGCCCCAGCGGCGGGGUGGCGGUAAUCCAGGGCGUGGUCGGCCCGGACAACAUCCCCCUCACCCUGCAGUGGACAAUCGACCCCGACGGGAGGUUUGCUACGCCGGGCCAAGGGACCGUCGUGAAUCUGAGCGGCAUCCCCCCAGGAGAGUACACGCUCGCCAUCAUCGCCAGCAUCAACGAAGGGGCGAUGUCGAGCACCGCCCGCGCGACGCUGCAGGUCACGCCCGGGACGGGCGCAGGCGCGCGGCCGGGGGGCGGCGCGAACCUACCCAGCCUGCGGCUGCCGUCCCUCACGCUGAGCCAGGGGUCCACCGUCAUCCUCGACGCGGGCGCGACGGGCAUCCCGCCGGCCGACCGCAACAACUACACGUACAGCUGGUCGCUGUCGCAGAAGGCCAGCGGCAACAGGGUCGCGUCGUCGACGGACGCGGUCGCCCGCUUCAACCUGUCUGACGCGGACACCUUCCAGCUCCAGUUCCGCGCGACCGAGAAGCGCAGCGGCGCGGCCGCGACCGCGACGAGCAACGUCCGCGCGACGCCGCGCCAAGCGACGCAGCCGCCGCUGCCGAGGGUCGCGGCCGGCAGCACGUGCGGGCCGUUCACGACGCCCGCCAACGGGGACACGCGGCUGGCGUGCCCGAGCCUAAAUGUGGUGGACGCGAGCAACAGGCCCUACACCAACACGACGUUUGCGUGGCGCGUGACAAACACCAAAACGGGGUCGGUCAAGACCGGCAUCGGGAAGGAGUUUGACGUGGGCAAGCUGCCUUCGGGCGACUAUGUGGUCGAGCUGGCGGUGGGCGCGUUUGGUCAGUCCCCCAAAUCAGACAACACGCUCAUCUUCCUGUCCACCACGCUGACGGUCCAAGGCGCGCCCACUGCGGCGGCAGUCACCAAGCCGGCAGCAACGCCGGCCCCAGCGGCUGCCUCCAAGCCCGCGGCCAAGCCCCUGCCCAAGCCUUCCGCGAAAUCCUCGCCUGCGGUGAAGCCCGCGGCCAAGCCUGCGGGGCGCUAG